CCGCUCAGUACACAAACUACCUAGUGAACUGUGGUUGCUCAGAACUUGUAAAUUAAGAAUACAUAGUAGUCAGUACAAACUGCAACCGCGAAGUUUUUAGUUGCCGUUUGUCAAACGCACGCGGAACAUCGCUCGCGGGGAGAUUCAGCGCGCGCGAUCUGGCAAAAUUACAAUUAGAUUUUUUAAUUUCGCACCCUUCAUUUAAAUAACAUGGAAUUUUAAUGUAAGACUGAUUUUGUGAUACUUGGUUGUGAAAGAAAUAAUAAUUUGGUACAUGACAAAUAACAUGGCUUACGACAAUACAAAAAGGGGGAAAGAAGAAAAACUCGCGGAGCAAACACUUAAAGACACUGACUUAAUCGCCACAAGCGAAAUGCAAAAUAAUUUUAUAAAAAACAAAAUGGAAAAGGUACAAGAGAAGACCGAUGAUUGGAUGGACUUAAGCUUCUUCCAGAAAGCCAAACGUUUGAUAUCUCUAAUAACAGUUGAACCGAUACUUGCUGGUUACGUCAUGCCUUCAGUACUUUCAGCUCUCGCUACGCAAAAUUUGUAUUUGGAGAAAGCAUGCAGAGUAAAUUUAGCCUUCGAUCACCACAUCUGUGAUGCGUUAACUAAAAGAGAUACCGCAAAUUACACCUUUGAAGAAGAAGCAGUGCAGACACUCGUAGCAUCUGUAGCUGGAUGGAAAACAGUAUUGCAAUCGUUUCUUCCAUGUGGAAUUUUAAUAUUCUUAGGCGCGUAUAGUGACAGAGUUGGUCAGAGAAAGUUUUGCAUGCUAUUACCAAUAAUAGGCGAAUUCCUGACAAGUAUUGGGCUUAUAGUGAAUACGUACUUUUUCUACGAAUUGCCGGUAGAAGUUGCAGCAGUGACCGAAGCAAUAUUCCCUGCAUUGACUGGGGGCUGGUUUACCAUGUUUAUGGGAGUGUUUAGUUUUAUAGCUGACGUGACGACCGAGGAACAAAGAACGUUACGAAUCGGAAUCGUGAAUUUGUUUUAUUCUUUAGGAGUCCCCGUUGGAGCGGCUUUGAGUGGAAUUUUAGUGAGAAAAAUCGGGCUAUAUGGAGUGUUUUCUUUAAGUGCUUCGUUAUAUGUUUUGAGUUUUCUAUAUGCUUUCUACAGGAUAAAGGAAGUCAAACGAAUUGAUACAAGUGUGAAGCCAACUAAUAACUGCUGCGAGUGGCUACGAGAUUUCUUUGAUACACGCUAUGUUAAGGACACUAUGAUGGUGGCAUUCAAGAAUGGACCGAAUAAGAGACGGUUAAGGGUUAUUAUGCUAGUAAUCGUACUUUGCGUAGUUAUUGGACCAAUUUACGGUGAAAUGUCAGUCAUGUAUCUGUUCACAAGAUAUCGUUUUAAUUGGAACGAAGUGGAUUUCAGCAUGUUCUCGACUUACGCUAUGUGUACUUCAUUAGUAGGCACUUUGUUUUCUGUGGGCGUAUUCAGCCAUGUUCUAAAAUUUGAUGACGCAAUUAUUGGUGUCAUAUCAUGUACGAGUAAAAUUCUCUCUGGCUUCAUGUACGCGUUCGCUACAAAAACCUGGCAUAUGUACAUAGCACCACUUGUCGAGAUUUUCAACGGAACUUCGUUUAUAGCAAUGCGGUCUAUGGUGUCAAAGUUAGUGGACAAAGAUGAACUAGGUAAAGUGAACUCGUUCUUUGGAGUAGCGGAAGCCAUGAUGCCUUUAGUAUACGCACCAAUGUAUACAACGGUAUACACAGCAACCCUUAAGACAUUCCCUGGUGCCUUCUUCCUAUUGGGCGGAGGACUCACAAUACCCGCUGUACUUAUAUUUUUAUGGUUGUAUUUGGCAAACAAGAAGUUUCUGGCAAUUGAAAGCCCUAACAAAGAAAAACAAGUAAAUGAAGAAAAUCGUGAAAAAGGACGAGAAAACAAAGCAUUCGAGAAUGAUGAUCAAAAACAUAAAAUCGAAGCUACCCCAGAAAAUCCGGAUAGUGUUGCCGCACAGAUAGAAAUAGGUUUCACACAAAGUAUGGUUUGCACAAGUAAGCUAUAAAUGCAUUAAAUGCAUUAUAUUAUUGAAUUUCUGUGAUAUAUAUUUAUAAGACAUAUAUAAUGUUCCUUUCGUUCACAUUGAGCUUUUUCAAACAAACGCAAAUAUUUACGUAAUAAGUAAGCUAAAGCACCAACAUUGACAAAUAAAACGCAAUUUGUCAGGAAUAGACGAAACAGUAAUUUAGUACAGAGUGCAACAAGACGGGCUAAGUUUUACUUUGUCAUUCGUUUUAUGAAUAUAGAUUUUCUUAAAUCGAUGUACGAAAAAGUAAUGAUAUUUCAAUUAUUAUUAUUCCAACUGAAAGACUUGUGUCUAUGGCUAUGUAAUAAAUUAAUUAAAAAACUGCGAUCUUGUUACAACAUAAAAUGGUCCUUCCGUUAUCUGUAUCUAAAUAUUUCGCUUCGCUUUCGGUCGCUUUUCGGACGAAAAAACAAUACUACGGUAAUAAUUUCAUUAUACUAUAUUCUGUUCUCAAGCGCAAAACAUUCUAAGAAUUUGUUAUUGAAGAUUUUAUGGGCCGUAAGCGUAUUUUGUACAAAUAAAACAACGAGCAUAUAGAACUCGCGUAAUCCCGCGCUUAUAAGACUGUGUCUUAACAAACUCAAAGCAUUACUGCUAAGAAUGUAUUUUCUAUCACUUAUAUCAACGCUUAUAUAAAUUCAAUAAUGCGUAGGUCAGAAAGAGCUCAAAUCAAAAACAACUGACAUUAUUAUAUAGAACAAUCAAGUGAUAAUUAGUAUACUUACUAGUACUUAAGAAUAAUUAUUAAGACAAAUUAUUCAGUAUUUAUAUGAGAUUUUGGUAUUGUUAAUAAAAAUCUGUAAAUUCAUAAUUGUAUCAAUAUUAAAAUUCAAUUUUAAUAAAGUUGCACAAGAAAUUUACCUCCUUAAAGUCGUUAUAUUUUCUUUAUUUAUGUCAAUUAUAACGAGGUUAAAAUAGGUUGUUUUAAUUUAAUUUUUGCUAAUACUAAGUCUCAAUUAAAAUUAUGAAGUGUCCUGACUUGAAAAAGUUCUUUAUUUUAAUACCUAAUCGGAAAAAUAAUAAUAAAACUACUGUUAUUGUACCCUCUUAUAUAGUACCCUAACAAUAUCGAACCUAAUUCAUACAACAAAGUAGCAUUAUUUUAUCACUCUCAGAAUUUUUGUUAUGUCGUAUGCUUCUAUAUUUAUAAAAAUAAUUAAAAAUAUGUAUACAUGUAAUGAAAGUCGAAAAAUGAAUGAAUUAGGUAAGAAUCGUA